AUUCGAUACGUCCAGCGCACGGACCAUAUCCAUGAAUCGCCUUCCCGUGGCCAGGGUUCCUUUUUCACCUCUCCGUCUGCUCGCCUUCUCCCAAGCCCCAUUGUCAGCAUCAUCCGUAUAUAUCGACAAUCAUACGUGCUGUUGUCUAAUUGUCUUGAGUUGGUAUCACAACAGUGUGUGAACGAAAAUAUUAUCGGCCUGAGCUGACUAGACGCGCCUUGUUCAAUGUGACAAUCGGGGCUAAGCUUCGAAUAUAGAGCUGGGAAACCUCACAUCGCAUUGUGCACAUACUAUCUAAGUAAUCUGCUAUAUAACUGAAUAUUCAAACAAGCUACCCGUUAGUAAAUGGAGGGCAUUUAGCAAUUGUAUUGAUACUGAACGCUGAAUGGCAGGGUUUCAAGUCAUCUACAAUCUUCAAACGCCUGCAGGAUGCGCAACGUGACAAGACUUCCUGGUACUCCUUGUUGUGUAUGUCGCCUCAAAAAGAGAGGAUGCGACAGACAGAAACCAAGUAUGCUUACGUUAAAUCUCACUGCAUAACUUCCUUACCCUUGCGCCCCUACGCUGCGCGACAAAAUUACUAAGUACUGUGUAUAGUAUGCGGAGCAUGUCAGCAAAGGGGCCAGCCAUGCUCCUAUAGACCCCAGGAUAUGCCCCCUACUGAAUCCCAGAGACGACGUAUGACUACCCAGGUGUUCUCUGAGCUAGAGGCUGUUAUUGUUUCUACUCCAAGCAAUGAAAGACGCCUACGAGUUCGUGGGGUGCGCCGGUCGCCUGAGAUUACAGGAGACGACGUGAUUGAGGUCUCCUCCGUGAAUUCGGAGCAAAGCUACCACACCGCUGUUGUGCCUCAGGAGGAAGGCUUCCAUCUCGAUGAUGGUGGUGCGCAGGCCUCGCAAAUGAUGAGGUUGCAAAGAGCUGUUGAGGAGCGAACAGGCAGGGUUAAGGAUGAAGAUCUAACAGGCGACAUCCCUCUUUUAACUCAAAAUCCCAUGUUCACAAACGGAGUCAUACAGCCUUCAGUCGCCAGAUCGAAUGGCGAGGACCCACCAGUGCACUUGUCACAGGACAUGGCUGAUCAUCUUGUUCUCUCUUACUUAACGAGAGAAUAUGCAAACUUGCCCAUCCUGGACUUGUUGCACUUUCAAUCAGCCUACGAGAGUACCAGAACUGAACAGGAUAUAGCCGCAACAUCCAGUAGUUUCCAUGGAAUUUUGAAUACCAUUUUCGGUUUAUCUGGUCUGAGUGCAACCGAUGUGAAUGACGAAGAUGUGACGAGUUUCUUCAAUCGCGGUCAGAGGAUGUCCAGGGAUAUGGAGAACAGCGGAUCUCUAUGUGAACGUAUUCAAUCAUUUAUUUUACAAAGCCAGUAUCUAUAUGCGAUUGGCAACUCAAGAUUGGCAUGGAUGUUCAUUGGGUUUGCCAUCCGCACGGCGCAGGUUCUGGGCCUGCACUUCAAGACAGGGGGGCAUGAUGCCCGAGGAAGGCGGGAUCGCGAACUCGCUCGGCGACUCUGGCAUAGCGCUAUGAUCCUGGAACGGAUGAUUGCGCUGCAACUAGGGCUUCCACCGCAAACCUCCAAUCCACUGAGGGUGCCGUUACCGACGCAUUGGGACACUGACUACAUCGAUUUUAUAUCCGGAGGAAAUCCCCCCACCACGGCAGAUCGUCCAUCAUUAAUAGAGUUCUUGACAGCCUGUGCGAGGCUGUAUAGCCAUGUCGAGGAUAUUCUAGCAUGGGAGGAUGAACUGAGAAUGCAGCCGAAUAGUUGUGCUGCGAAGAAGCUCCUUUCUUUUGACUUCAAAAUAUUUUUGAAGGUGGACACUCUUUUAUACGAUUGGCAGACAUCUCUGCCAUCGUAUCUGAAUAAUGAUGCCGCGGACGGCAUAUGGAAUGAUCCGGUAGUGUGUCGGCAGCGGAAUGUUCUCCGAGCACGCUACCUAUAUGUCCGUCUUCGACUUUAUCGGCCUCUGCUGGCCUUGGGACUCGCACUGUCCACCAAAUGCAACUGUCGACCUGAAGGCCGCCCGCAUGCUACCAAAGAGGAGCCUAGCUCAUCUACCUCCCCUGUGGUUUUCAGCAUGGUACGCGAUGCCUCAAUCAAGAGCGUGGCGGUCGCCUUGGAACUGAUCAACCUUAUCCGUACGCACGAAGAUGGGCCGCGCGAUGGUAGGCUAGACCAAGGUCACUAUAAUCUGAUCUCUCCAUAUUGGGAGAAUAUCGAUUAUAUUUACGCCUGCGGAACGGUCUUUCUCGCAGCUCGUCUAAGUAACUUUAGCAGCUUCAGUGACAAUAAUUCUGGUGGAAUCAAUGAAGGGGAGGUAGAGACGUCUUUGACGCGUGCUAUCGAUAUGUUGGACCAUUACCACAGUAUUAGACCAAAUGGCAAGGUGGCGCGUAUAGCACAGCUGUGCUGCAAUACAUUAAAAACUCUCUCAGAUGUUGUUAAAAAGCCUGGCACUGCUGGCCCAUCAACCGGCGCAGCUGCAGUCUUGAAUGAAAAUACUCGAGAUUGGCUCCUGGGUAGGACGGAGAACAGCAAUCCGGCCCUUAACAGAACCCGGAGGCAGUCGAUAGGGGACGCGCUCGCAUAUUAUGGAUGGAUUGAGAGUCUGCCUAUAGAUUUGGCUGGUCCACUGGAAUGAGGCUUUGAUACCCUUGCAUUGUGUACUAAACAAGACAUUAUUGUUACUUUCUAUGACGAUCAGCAAUUGCUAUAUAGAAUCCUGUUUUCGAUCAACACCUUGGCUAUUUAACAGAUGCCUGGCUUUAUCUA